CACUCUGGAGCGGGCGCGUCGCGGAGGAAGUGCGCGGGUACGCCGUGUGAUGACGUCACUGUCUAAUCCCGUCCGGGAGCGUGUGGGCUCAGUCGCUGCGGAGUCAUGAAAGUGUUUGUAAACAACUCAGUCAGAAGGGCCAGCAAACUGGAGUCGGACCCAUUUCCACACACAUCACUGAGUGUCGACGCAUCCUCCGAGGUGUCCCUAGUCUUGGGAUAUGAGGGAUGUAUGAACUCAAGAUGUCUCGAUGUCGUCAAGUCGACAGGAUGACACGCCAGUGACACCCGUGAUUAAUUCAUAGCUGUUUGAGUAGCUAUAGCAUUCCGGUGGCAGAACCUCACAAUCCCUUUCAGUACCCGAGCACUACUACACCUGAAGUGUAAAGAUGCCGUGGCCAUUUUCGGAGUCCAUCAAGAAGCGGGCCUGCAGAUACCUUCUGCAUCGGUACCUCGGCAACUUUCUGCAGGAGAAGCUGAGCUUGGACCAGCUCAGCUUAGACCUCUAUCAAGGCACUGGGACACUCGCCCAAGUGCCGUUGGAUAAAUGGUCUCUCAACGAGCUCCUCGAGACGGCAGAUGCGCCUUUUGAAGUAAUCGCAGGGUUCAUCCAGACAAUUUCUCUCACAGUCCCAUGGGCAGCCCUGCUACAAGAAAACUGUGCCCUAGAGGUCAAGGGUUUGGAGAUGGUGCUCAGACCGAGGCCGAGAGUGGCAUCUGGCACUGAGCCCAUGUACUGGUCCAGUUUCAUGACGAGCAGCAUGCAGCUUGCCAAAGAGUGUCUGAGCCAGAAACUCACCGACGAUAUGGGAGAGAGCUUCCAGCCUUUCGAAGGAUUGGAGAAGUUUGCAGAAACGAUAGAGACAGUUCUGAGAAGGGUCAAAGUGACAUUUUUGGACACCGUGCUCAGAGUCGAACACAUUCCGGAAAAUUCUAAAACUGGAAUUGCUCUUGAGAUACGAAUCAACAAAAUUGUUUACUGUGAUGAAACAGGCGAGGAGAGUUCAAGUGUGAAUGUGCAUCAACCAACCACAUUUGCACAUAAAAACCUGCAGAUGGAAGGCAUCACCAUAUUUUGGGAUGAAUUUUCAGACGUGUCUCGGGCCGGAUGUAAAUCUUCACCACCUCCAACGGAAACUGAGCCAAAACUUUCGCCUAGCUGGAAUCCCAAAAUAAUAUGUGAGCCUCAUCCCCAGUUCACAGAGCCCGUGUCCUCUACAACACCCUUUGAACCUGUGCAGGUUGGGAGCCUUGGUGGUAGAAUAGAGCUGUCCCUAACUCUGAAAAACAACCUAGCUAUGCCUGGAGCAAAGAGAUGCUUUCCUUUUCAGCUGGAUGUUGUCGUACAUAUCGAUACACUGAUUUUCCUGCUAUCCCCGCGACAAGUUCAUCUUCUUCUGGACUUGUUUGGAGCUUUCUCUGGUGGAAGUGCACAGGAAUGGGCUAAGGACAGAAAGAGUCGACCCAUACAGCAGGAGGAUGAGUAUCGGCUCCAUAUGGAACUGAACCGCUGUCUGAAGAAGGACACUGCUGUGCCAGGAGGAGACCCCGACCUCUUUGAGAGCCAGACCACCAGAACGGUGUCAAGUCGAGAUGAUGUGUUCUUCUCCAUGGCUGACAUGGACAUGUCUCACAGUUUGUCAUCCCUCCCUCCUCUUGGUGAACCACCCACCGUUGACUUGGAUUUGUCACUUAAUAGCAACUUCUCUGCCUCCCCGGGAGAAUCUCCCUCUGGAAACGCAACAGCGCUGUGGGAAGAUUACAUGGAUGUACCGAGACAAAGAGAGAAGCAGGCUAACGAAACAAUCGUCCAGUCACGGGAUUCACAACUCCCUCAAAAAAUAUUAAGACAGGCUUCACAUCCAACCAAAACCCAUGGUGAUGAGUCGAGGCCCGAGCUGGUGUUGAGGCUGACACUGGGCAGCCUGGCUGUCUCUGUCCUCCACAUCGACCCGCUGCCACCACCAGAUGCUGCUCCUAGUCCCCUUGGCCCCAUGGCUGCACACUUCUUCAGCAUGGUGGGCCCGGGCCAGAUUGCCCCGGCUGAUCUCCUUCAAUCUCGGACAGCAUUUAAUCAGGCUUGUCCUCAUGACCACCUCAGGUUUGUGUGCCAAGGUCUGAAGAUAAACUAUGAACACUGUCAGGGAUCCAGCUUGCGGACUUUUAGCACUGACGUCUCCCUUAACCAGAUGGAAUUUCUGGAGUGUCUGUUCCCCUCUGAGGUGGUCACUGGUGGCACCCAAAGAGGCAUUCAGUACACCGAGCUCCUGACUUUUGACACCACAGUCAGUGCGGAUGCACCGCUCACCACCUGCCUUCACCUGCUUUACAAACAGGCUGAGCGCAGGGGGCCUCAGGUCGGCCAGGUUCGCUUCAGCACCAUUCCCAGGAAAGCCGAGAUCCAGGUGGAACUGGGCCCCGUGCGGUCCGAGUUGGACAUCAGCAUCGUAGACCGUCUCAACUCACUUCUGCAACCUCAGAAGCUGGUCACCACAGAGAUGAUGGCUUCCCAUAUGUAUACGUCCUAUAAUAAACAUGUCAGCUUGCACAAGGCCUUUACAGAGGUUUUCCUUGAUGACAGCCACACUCCAACCAACUGUCAUGUAUCACUGACUGUAAAUGCCCCAGUGCUGGGCCUUGCAAUCCGCUUCCCCAUCCCUGACCUGCGCUCAGAUCAGGAGAGGGGCCCAUGGUUCAAGAAGUCCCUGCAGAAGGAAGUGCUCUACCUGGAGUUUGAAGACCUGGAAGUGAAAACGGAGUUCAUGGGCGGCAGCUCUCCUGAACAAACCAAGAUGGAGCUCACUUUUAGGGAACUUAGUGGGAAGUUCCAGGAGGAGCCAGAUCAACCAGCUGCAAGGUUCCUCAGGGUGUCCCACACCAUGGACGGAGACAUGAACACGUCUGAAAGUGUAAAGUUUGACUGGCCAAGAGUCGUGCUGAAGAUGAACCCCACUGCGGUCCACUCGAUCCUUGAGCGUGUGACGGCGGAAGAUGACGAGGGGGCCGAGGAUCAUUCGCUCGAAGAGGAAGAGGAGGAAGGGGCUGCUCAUUCACUGAAGGAUGUGUGUGACUUUGGGAAACCAGAGCCAUCCCCCUUUUCUUCACGUAGGGUUAUGUAUGAGAAUGAAGAGAUGGUCAUUCCUGGAGAUGUUGCUGACAUGACAGAGUUCCAGGAAAAAACCAUGAACAACUCUCGCUUCAUCCUUGAGUUGUGUCUCCCCAAUGUGCAAUUAGCGCUCCCCAGCAAGGCGUUCUAUGAAAAACUACACAACAGGAUCAACAAUGACCUGCUGCUGUGGGAGCCCACUGCUCCAUCCCCAGUGGAGACAGUUGAGAGCAUGCCCUAUGGAGUUGGCCUCUCUGUCGCCAGUCAGUUGAUCAACACUUACUCCAAGGACAGCUUCAGUCAGUUCCGCUCUACUGGACCCGAGGAGGACUCCAGCGGCUCAGAGGAAGAGAACAUGCACUAUUACUCUCCUGCCUCUGACCUGGGUCUCAGGUCCCGCAAAAAGAAAAGGCCCAAAGCCCAGAGCAAGACCUCCCAGAGUCUGUUCUCCGUCAUUCUCAGUGUCAAUCACGGCUUGGUGGCUCUUCAGACCAAUUCUAAGAAGGAGGAUAAAACUGUAUUGAAAAACAAACAUGGCGAGUUCUGGCUGGAGGUGAAAAAUGCUGUGCUGUUCAGUGUCACGCAGUAUGAAGGCUACAAAGACCAACACUACAUCUGCUUCAACACCAGUAGCAUUUGCAUGUAUCACCAAGGACUCAUGGAUGGAGGCACCUCUGUCUCAGACAUGAAGUUACCAUGCAGGACACAUCCCCAUUGGCUAGAGCCGACUAUCUACCAAUCAGAGACGUCUCCGGAGAGAUCCUCAACACCCUCCGAGGGUAUUGGUCUGGAGGCUCGUAGCAUGGUGUCUGUCGCUGUCAAAGUCUCAUCGCAGAAUGCAGAACGCAACGUCAAGGAGUUUCUGGUUGCCGUUGGAGUGAGAGGAGCCACACUUCAGCACAGAGUCGUCGUCCCCAGGUUUGGUUGGUAUGACCAGAUUGUUGACUUUCUGAAUAUUUCUGAUGAGCCUGUGUUGGGUUACGCCCCUCCUACGUCUGUCACCACCCUACAUCUACACCUAUGGAGCUGCUCUUUAGACUACAGACCCCUUUACCUGCCACUCAGAUCACUACUGAUUGUAGAAACUUUCAGCAUCUCCAGCAGCCUCUCUUUAGAUCACUCUUCUUCUACACUCAGGAUCAUUCUGGACGAAGCUGCUCUGUUCCUCUCAGACAAGAGUAAUGCCGUCUCUGUUAAUCUAGCACGUGACUAUGUCCAAGUGGUAGACAUGGGAACGCUGGAGCUGAGGAUUACAGCUGUCAAACCUGCAGUGGAUGGGAAAUCGGUGGAGCCCAGGUUUGAGCUGCGCUGCUCCAGUGACGUCAUUCACAUCAGAACGUGUUCGGACUCCUGCGCUGCCCUUAUGAACCUUAUCCAGUACGUAGCGAGCUAUGGAGACCUACUGUCCCCCGCAGAACCAGAGGCAAAGCACAGCAGCACUACACAAAGAACCAAGGCGGAGUUUGCUGGUCGGCCCACAUCUCAGACCCCUCUGCUCGCUGAGACUGAGCAGCAGAUGUUGCAGGAUCUGAUGAGCGAGGCUAUGGAGGAGGCUGAUGUGCAGCACACACCAGGGCCGCAGCAGAACGGUGCACACGAGGAGAGGAAUCAUGACCAUGACCCACCUCACUCGGACCUGUUCCUGUUCCCAGAUGAGAGCGGCAAUAUUAAUCAAAAUCCAAGCCCCACGUACCCCAUGCUUCACUCUCCUCUCAUUACUCCUGUGCCGAGCCUGGCGCACGAGACGGACGACUUUUGUAUCCUGGAAACACCUGGUUCCAGAGGAGAGAAAUAUGUGUUUCAGGAUCGUGAUCAGGAGCCAGUGGUAAAGCAUCUUACUUCAGAUCCAGUGCAAAUCAAAGACGAUCACUUCAGUCAGCCUCUAGAUGGAAGCGAUUCCAGUCGUGGAGCCGUGAACUUUCCCAUCCCCGAGGUGCGCUACCUCAUCAAAGAGAUAUCUGUCAUCUGGCACCUUUAUGGUGGGAAAGACUUUGGGAGUGCGACUUUCACAGCAUCUCCUGCUAGGAGCCGGGGGUCUACACCUCAUAGCUCCCCCUCUCAAACUCCAGUCAGACAGUCCAGUGCUUCAGGACGGGUAGGAGGUGGAAAAGGAAGGAACCCUGAUGUCUUGAUGGAGAUCCAGCUCAGCAAGGUGAGAUUCCAACACGAGGUGUACCCACAGGCCCAGGUGGCCUCUGGGCCGGCCGUGGACCAGCCGGUCUCCCGGCAGGUGUUUAUCGUGCAGGACUUGGAGAUUCGAGACAGACUGGCUUCUUCACAGAUGAACAAGUUCCUGUACUUGUACUCGAGCAAAGAAAUGCCCCGCAAAGCUCAUUCUAACAUGUUGACAGUUAAGGCAGUGCACAUGUGUCCGGAGUCGGGCCAGGCUCCUCAGGAAUGCUGUCUGCGUGUUUCCCUGAUGCCUCUUCGUCUCAAUAUUGAUCAGGAUGCACUAUUCUUCUUGAAGGACUUUUUCACUAGUCUUGCUACUGAAGUUGAGUUUUUCUCACCACCUGCUCAAGAAGCCUUCUGUGUUUCCUCAAAGAAAGCAGCGGCCCCUGAGAUCUCCUGCAGCUUCUCCAAGCAUGCUGGCAGCAGCCAGGACCCUGCCCCGAUAAUCUCAGUACCUGUUCAGAGACGUUUGAGCCACAACGGAUUUGCCACAUCUGGCAGGGAAGAAGUCACUGACACUGAAGCUCUGUCUUUCAAAGACCAGCCAAUCUUCUUUAGGGAGUUUCGAUUUACGUCUGAGGUUCCCAUUCGCUUGGAUUAUCAUGGGAAACAUGUUUCAAUGGAGCAGGGAACAUUUGCAGGGAUCAUUAUUGGGUUGACACAGCUCAACUGCUCGGAGCUGAAACUGAGACGGUUGUGCUACAGACAAGGGUUGUUAGGUGUGGAUAAGCUGUUUUCCUAUGCAAUAAACGAGUGGUUAAAUGACAUAAAGAAGAACCAGCUUCCAGGUCUACUGGGCGGUGUCGGACCAAUUCACUCUCUGGUACAGUUGGUUCAGGGAUUCAGGGACUUGGUCUGGCUCCCGAUUGAGCAGUACAGGAAAGACGGUCGCAUAGUCCGCGGGUUUCAGCGUGGAACUGCCUCCUUUGGAACAUCUACUGCUAUGGCUGCUCUGGAGCUCACCAACAGGAUGGUGCGCACCAUACAGGCGGCAGCAGAGACGGCCUAUGACAUGGUAUCUCCGGUGCCUGAUGAGAGAGACACAAAGAGGAUAAAACGGUUCUCCCAUUACGGCCUGGCUCAUCAACCUGUGGACCUCAGAGAAGGUGUCGCCAAAGCCUAUACUGUGGUAAAAGAUGGGAUCACAGACACUGCACUGACCAUCUACGACACGGCCACCCGGGAGCACGAGCAGCGCGGGAUGACGGGCGCUGUGGGUGGAGUUCUCCGGCAGCUGCCACCAGCAGUAGUCAAGCCUCUCAUUAUGGCCACCGAGGCCACCUCCAACGUUCUGGGUGGGAUGAGGAACCAGAUCCACCCUGACGCCCGCCAGGAGGAAUCGCAGAAAUGGAGGCAGGGCGAGGAGUAAUUCUUGUUUGCCACUUUGUACCUGAAACCAUGGCUGUGCACAAGCAAUAGCUGAUGAACGUGUUGGAAACUUUUCUUCAGAGCAUUUUUGAAUAGGAACCACGUCAAGAGGUUCGAUACAGCCCUGGUGUAGAUAAAAUACGGUUCAUCUCAUGGCAAUUUGAGCUUCUGUGAUUCAGCUUGUGUCAGCGUGUCAGUUCCCUCACAGUGCCUUCAUGGUUGUCAAUCAUAGUCCAACUGUGUUUCGUCAAAGGGAUGUGAAGAAUGAGGAUUUUAUGAGCCACGCCGUCUCAAUGUAUAUUGUGUUCUGUUGUUAAUUAGACGAUGGCAUUUUAAAUAUAAAAUCAGAAUAACGCUGUUGUCUAAUGAAGUGCAGAAAUUUGCUUCAUUCUCAAAACAGCUCUGUUUACAAGUUGUGUGUGUGGUUACGUUCCCUCACUUGGUGUUGACAAACACUGAUAUUAUAUUGUAGGUGUAAUGACCCGUAUUUUAUAUAACGUACUUUAUGUGGGCCUUGUUAUUUACUGUAAAUAGUCCAAAUGUGUAUCACUUCAUGCAAAUACAAGAGAACAAAUGUAGAAACAGAAUGUGUUACAGCCGUGUAAAGUUCAGUAAUCAGCACUUUUACGUGACUUGAAGGUCUACUUGCCCAGAUGAAAGAUAUACGGUGAGGACAACCAAAUUUGUUAUGAAGUUACAAUUUUUUUUUCGAGCUGUGAUCAACGUUUAAUUUUCACAGAAUUUGCUGUCCUGAAAAGCUGCUUUUAACAUUUAAAAAAAAUAAUUGUGCCAGUCUGCUGCUCACAUUGUAGAUACUACCUUGUACAAGGAGCUGCAUCUGCUCAAGAUCUUCAAGCACAGUCCUAAUAUCCUGCUCAAAAUAUUUUCUCUCUGUGUGCUGCUUUUGAAUAUUAGCAUUCUGAGUGAUAUGCUGUGUUAUACGGUUGCUCUUUUUUUGUGUUAAAUGUGGAAAGAAUAAUUUCUUAUACAUACGUGUACAGUUGAUUGUUGAAUUUGUAAUAAAAAGCAUGAAAGGGAAAUAAAAACAGUUCAGUUUCAAACAA